ACAGCUCCUCUAAGACUGUCACUCUCCGGUCGUCCUGAGUCUCUGCAAAUCAGCUUUGCUAUCAUCAUGUCGAACACCCAGAAAGCUAUAAUCCUCCUCGUUGACAGCUUCAGUAAAUACGCUAGCAAGGAUGGGGACAACAAAAGCCUGACUAAGGCAGAGAUGAAAGAGCUGCUCCAGAGUGAAUUGGGAGAGCUGCUGGGGAAAGCCACUGACCAGGCAGCAGUGGACAGCAUCUUCAAUAAACUGGACCUAAACCAGGACAACAGUGUGGACUUUCCAGAGUUCCUCAACUUGGUUGGCUGCCUCUCAGUACUCUGCCACGAGCACUUCACCAAAUCAUAAGGAUCCAAGCGUCACCUUGGGGCCAGCAUCGAGAGGCACCUCCCUGUGAAAGAGAUCUCAUGAUAGCUGUUUUGAAGAAGAAAAAAAUAUUUACUACUAUUCACUAAAUUACCAUUAAGACACGAAACAUGAUCUUGCACAAUGAAAUAAACUUUCUUCAAAAUGAA